CGGCGGCGGCGGCGGCGGAGGCGGUGAGCGCGGGCGGCGCGGACGGCAGCGGUUGGCGGGCGGGUCCUCCGCUGUUGGGGCCGCCGCGGCCUCCUUGCCCGGGCUUGGGGCGCCGCGCUGGGGAAAGCCGGGGGCCCGGACACAUCGGCGUCAGACCUGGGAGUACUUUGUACCAAAUCAUCGCCACUUGCCACAUGAGUGUAAAUGAUGGCGGAUGCCAAGUAUGUCCUCUGCCGAUGGGAAAAGCGAUUAUGGCCUGCAAAGGUUUUGGCCCGAACCGCGACUUCAACAAAAAAUAAAAGAAGAAAGGAAUAUUUUCUAGCUGUGCAAAUCCUCUCCCUAGAGGAAAAAAUUAAGGUGAAAAGCACUGAAGUUGAGAUCCUAGAGAAGUCUCAAAUUGAAGCCAUUGCUUCCUCGUUAGCCUCACAGAAUGAGGUUCCUGCGGCACCCCUGGAAGAACUGGCCUACAGACGGUCGCUGCGUGUGGCUCUGGACGUUCUGAGCGAGGGCUCGAUUUGGAGUCAAGAAAGCUCUGCAGGGACAGGUAGAGCCAACCGGUCUCUGCGAGGGAAGCCCACGGAGCACGUCUCCUUGCCCUGUGAUUCGAACUCCUCAUCUCUUCCCUGCGGAGACGUGUUGGGCAGUUCCAGACCUCACAGGAGGAGGCCAUGUGUGCAACAAAGCCUGUCAAGUUCGUUCACUUGUGAAAAGGACUCCGAGUGCAAAGUGGACCACAAGAAGGGGCUCAGGAAAAGUGAAAACCCAAGAGGCCCGUUGGUCCUCCCAGCUGGAGGUGGUGCCCAGGAUGAGAGUGGGUCCAGAAUGCACCACAAAAAUUGGACUCUUGCAAGUAAGAGGGGAAGAAACUCAGCGCAGAAGGCUAGCUUGUGCCCGAAUGGAUCUUCCCUUUCAGAGGACGACACGGAGAGAGACAUGGGGAGCAAAGGAGGCAGCUGGGCAGCCCCAUCCUUGCCCUCCGGGGUCAGGGAGGACGAUCCCUGUGCCAACGCUGAGGGACACGACCCCGGUCUGCCGUUGGGCAGCCUCACUGCGCCCCCAGCCCCUGAGCCCUCGGCCUGCUCAGAGCCUGGAGAAUGCCCUGCGAAAAAGAGGCCGCGCCUGGAUGGCAGCCAGAGGCCGCCUGCUGUGCAGCUGGAGCCCACGGCAGCAGGGGCCGCACCAUCCCCCGGGCCGAGGCCAGGGCCCAGAGAGUCUAUGACCCUGCGCAGCACCGCCAGGCUCGGCCCGCCUCCCUUCCACGCCUCUGCAGAUGCAACCAGAUGUCUUCCUUGCCCGGAUUCCCAGAAGCUGGAGAAAGAAUGCCAGUCUUCGGAAGAGUCCAUGGGGUCUAAUUCCAUGUGUUCUAUGCUGGAGGAAGACGAGGAAGACGAGGAGCCACCAAGAGUCCUUUUAUACCACGAACCACGUUCGUUUGAAGUAGGAAUGCUAGUCUGGCAUAAACAUAAAAAAUACCCCUUCUGGCCAGCAGUGGUCAAAAGCGUCAGGCAGAGAGAUAAGAAAGCAAGUGUGCUAUACAUCGAAGGACACAUGAACCCGAAAAUGAAAGGUUUCACAGUGUCUCUUAAAAGUUUAAAGCACUUUGAUUGUAAAGAGAAACAGACGCUUCUGAAUCAAGCCAGGGAGGACUUCAACCAGGCCAUCGGCUGGUGUGUCUCCCUCAUCACCGACUACAGGGUCCGGUUAGGCUGCGGGUCUUUUGCUGGCUCUUUCCUGGAAUAUUACGCGGCUGAUAUAAGCUAUCCUGUCCGAAAAUCCAUCCAGCAGGACGUCCUGGGGACCAAGUUUCCUCAACUGAGCAAGGGGAGCCCCGAGGAGCCCGUGGUGGGGUGCCCCCUGGGGCAGAGGCAGCCCUGCCGGAAAAUGCUCCCCGACCGCUCGCGGGCCGCCCGGGACCGGGCCAACCAGAAGCUGGUGGAGUACAUUGUGAAGGCCAAGGGCGCGGAGAGCCACCUGCGGGCCAUCCUAAAGAGCAGGAAGCCAUCUCGCUGGCUGCAGACCUUCCUGAGCUCCAGCCAGUACGUGACCUGUGUGGAGACCUACCUGGAGGAUGAGGGGCAGCUGGACCUGGUGGUGAAGUACCUGCAGGGCGUCUACCAGGAGGUGGGUGCCAAGGUGCUCCAGCGCACCAACGGCGACCGGAUCCGGUUCAUUCUGGACGUGCUUCUGCCUGAGGCCAUCAUCUGUGCGAUCUCUGCGGUGGACGAGGUGGACUACAAGACGGCCGAGGAGAAGUACAUCAAGGGGCCUUCGCUGAGCUACCGCCCCAUGGCUGUGUGAGAAAUACAGCAAGAUUAAGCAGCAGCACGGCCCGGUGCCUUCCAGCAGCCAGAAGAAUGCUGUGAUCAAGAUGUUUCUCUCACAUCCGUGUGCUUAGCCGCCCUUGGAUGUUUGGUCCCCAGAGCGCCUAAUCCUGUCUCUGGGCACGCGGCCAGGCCUUGCUGGGAGCCAGGCGGGGCCCACGGGGCAGUGACAGGCUGAAGACUCAACUAGAGUCAAGGACAGGGUCUCCGGCCAGGGUGGCUUGCGCAGCCACCGACGUCUCCCGGGCCCACAGUCACAGGAGACUCCUGGUGAAGACACUGAACUCCCUCACCAGCCCCAUGUCCUCCCUGGGCAGGGCAGGAGGGGCCCCUGGAGAGGCCAGGGAGGAGGUGUGGGGCCUCGGUGGCAUUGGCAGGCCACCCCCUCAGAGCUGCACAAAGGUGGAAUUUGGCCUUGUUUAGGGAGUGUUGGCCCAGCUGGCUUACCAAAACAGGAAAGGCCUUUGGAUACAGAAACUGGGUGUUUUCCUGCUGGAUCUUCAUGGUCCCCCCGUCAUGCUUGCCGUAAGAAUAAGUGAGGUCCGGGGAGGGGGUAAGGUCGGAGCCAGGACACCUGGACCCAGCCUGCUGGUUUGUCCUCUCCCUCCGUCUCAGAAGCCUCUUUACCGCUCCACGCCCAUCUGUGGAAAUCUUUCAUCCUCCUGAUUUUUUUUUUUUUUGAGUCUGGGUUGCCGACAUCAAAACCCGUUAGGAGUUCAUCACAGCUUCCAGUUGCCAUGAAAGCCUCCCGUGACCUGUGAGAAUGGUGCUGGUGCUGAUGGAGAAGUUACUUGGGCUGAACACACAGGCCGUGAUUUCAUCACGCCGGGGACAUGCUCAAAAUAACAAGCCAGCGAGCAGCAUCGCACUUGAUCUUUGGCCUCAGUGGAGCCUUGGGUCACACACUGGGCGUCCUGGGACCCAGUCUCCCCCCCGCACAGUGUUUCCCAGGCCCUCUUGUUCUUUUAGAGUUGCACCAUGAGCCGCUCUGCACUCUUCCCAAGGCUGUCCUCCUCAGGCCUGCCUUUCUCUGGUGCUGCGGCUGGUGUGCUCUCCCCUAUUUCCAGGUCUGCUGGGGCGCACAUCAGAGCCAGCAGCCGUUGUUGAUCUCUUUUGAUCCAGGGCAGCCCUAUUGCUGAGAGGGGUUGCUAGCUAAGCAAUUGUUAUAAUUUUCCUUUACAGGGAGGUCACUUAGUAAGGACAAUUUGGCAUCUCAUACUCUUUGUAAAAAAUUAUUUUUGGUCAGUCACAGUGGCUCAUGCCUGUAAUCCCAGCACUUUGAGAGGCUAAGGUGGGAGGAUCCCUUGAGCCCAGGAGUUUGAGGCUGUAGUGAGCCAUCAUUAUGCCACUGCACCCUAGUCUGGGUUACAGAGCAACACCCUGUCUCUAAAAAUAAAUAUUAUUUUAAAACAUUGUUAAGGCCUGGUGCGGUUGCUCACGCCCAUAAUCCCAGCACUUUGGGAGGCCGAGGCAGGUGGAUCACGAGGUCAGGAGUUCGAGACCAUUCUGGCCACCAUGGUGAAACCCCAUCUCUACUUAAAAAAAAAAAAAAAAAAAAAAACAA